AUGGCAGCCCUGGCUCCCCCCACAGGCUACACGCCCAUCGUGGCCUUUACUCUUUGCCCACCUGGUGGGAUCUUCUUUCAAGUGAGCAUGUACAUGCUCGAUGUGGUCAACGAUGUGGUUCAGAUUGGCACUUUCAUCGUGAACAAGCAUUGGUGGUUUGCCGGCUUCAUGGUUUUAUUCAUAGUCCUCAGCCUUGGAGUGACCUUCAUCUCGAUUGUCGAAGGAAGCAAGUUCAACACAUUUGCCCCGCUGCACGAAAUCCGGCUGUCGCUGAAACGAGGCGUGGCGACGGAGUCUUUCAACAUUGUUUUCCAUAUUGAGCGCCUGAUCGAAGCGCCUUCCACCGGACUCAUCGGUCCCUACGGGGCCUCUCUUCUGCCGCUCUCUCCGCUCCAGGCCUGCAGUGCGCUCUAUGGGCUUCUCAGCUCCGCCAAGGUCAUGGCCGAGGGGAGGUUGGCGAUGGAGGUCCUGAAUGGUACCAACGCCGAACCCUAUGCCUUCAAAGCAGUGCGCCCGGUGAAGGCCGCCCUCUUCACGGCCUGGUACUUUUGUGCUUUUGCAGGGGAGCUGGCAGCCUUUGCCGUGGUCAGUGCGACCUUGCAUCCCUGCGCAACUUUGCUUGGAUACAUUCUGGGAGCAGCAGCAGACGGAGUGGCAGCCUUGUGGGGUGGCCUGCCAGCUGUGAAAGCUUUAGGAACCACCGCCCUAUCUAUGGUCGCAGUGCCCUGUGCUAUGGCAGGCACGCAGACGAAGAGCUUCUUUGGUAGCAAGGAUCCUCCUGGUCCCGGGGCCAUCCCUGCAACCUUCAUACUCGUCCGCUUCUUCACUUGGGCUGCGCUCUGCUGUCUCGAUCUUCCUCAAGGCCUUCUCCCCGUCGGCUCACUUGGGCGACCCAUGGGCCGCAAGGUGCUGCGCCAAAACUUCCUGGAGCCAGUAGCAGCAUGCCAGGAGGCUCUGGCGUGCCUGUCAUCCCACACCGGGGUAUCUUUCAAUGCGGAGGCCAACACGACGUCAAUUUUCAUACGCGAAGAGGUAGGCUUCGGCCCCUGCCGCUGGCCUGCAGCGGGCGAGCUGAACACGGCUUCAACCAUCUUCAACUCAUGCUUGUUGUUCCUUGCUGUUGUUCUCGUCCCUGUGCACAUGUGCCUUAUCACUGCAAUGUUAUUUCUCAAUCCCACCUAUGCCUUUCAAGUCGACAAUGUCGAGCUGAGGGAGGAGGUAAAGAAGAAGAGCCGUGAAAUUAGCAAAUUCGCCGCGCAGAACGAACAAGCUGCCGGCGAGCACACGGAGCUGAGCCCGCUUCCAACGUGA